CUAAAGUCAGUCGAUAGCAGGCGGCCAAAGCGUUGAGACGUCGUCAGUUGCGCGACGCGUUCGAACGUAACGUUUCUCUCAAAAGCCUAAAAACAAAAGCAACAACAAUUAACAGUCGAGCUUACAAAGUGUAGUACAACAACAACGAAGCUUAGCAAAGCAAAAUAAAAAGCUCAGCUUGGCGAGCCGCGCUUUUCAUUAUUUUUGUUUCUGUGCAUAAGCAAAGAUGCUCAUCAGCAGUUGCCUUUGAAAUUGGUAAAGACAGUGAGCGAGAGAGAGAGAGAGAGAGAGGGAGAGGGAGAGAGAAUCGAUAAAUCGCUAAACGAAAUUUCGAUUUGGUGUCAAGAUGGCGCUACGCUUGCGUCGCGACGUCCAGAAGGCCUCGUACUAUGUGUGGUUCCUUGGUGCCGAGGAGGCGAAGGGAUUGCGGGGUGCUCGCGUCAUUAACUCAGUGCUGCCGUAUCUGGUGGACAGAUCGCGCAGCCAGGAGCCGCUCAAGGUGACGUUGCAGGUCUCGCACAAGGGCAUCAAAAUCGUGCAGGGCGCAUCGAAGCAUUUAAUACCACACAGUGCCAUAACCAGCUCCGUGCAAACCGAUGACAUCGUUGCCUGUGUGCUGCUCCUCUAUAAUCCGGCCACCAAGUGCCCGCUGCAUGUGCACGCCUAUCGUUGCGACUCGGAGACAACGGCUGAGGCGUUGCAUCUACAAUUGCAAAUACUCAUCAAUCGGCCCGACAAUCAAAAGCGUUUCGAGGAGCUCGAGACCAGAUUGGGCAUUUUGCCGCCUCUGCCCGCUGGCGGAGGACCAGGACAAGGACACGGCAGCAGCCACAGCUCAGAGAAACGUCACGAAAGCUCUCACAAGUCGUCGCACCAUCUGUCGCAGUCGCAGUCGCAAUCGCAUCACUCCAAUGGCGGUGGAUAUUCACAUCAUCAGCAGCAGCAACAGCAGCAACAUCAGCAGCGACGUCACGAGACAUCGCCGAAGCGUUUCAGCAGCUCCUUAGGCAGCGACACGGGCAACAGCACACGUGAAUCGGAGUGCAGCGAGGAGCACGGUUUGGCUGGUUCUCCAGUCUCCCGCUCUCCGCCACAUGGUGGCAACCACAACAACAGCAACAGCAGCAACAACAACAGUGGAAAGCAUCAUUCACAUCAGCACUCACAACACUCACAGCAUCAUUCACAGCACUCAUCAUCAUCACAUCAUCCGCCGCUGACGGCACAACAGAACAGCGAUCUAUUCGAUUCGCUGGCCGCCGAGCUGCGGGCCAAACUCAAUGGCAACGGUCCGCCAUUGUUGUUGCCGCCUCGCGACUACGACACGGUGCAUCGCUCCAAGGGCAAUCUGACGGCCAUCGAGCUGCGUCGCUGUCGCAACGCCUUGAUUGUGGGCGGCGCUGGCACGCCCAAAGGCGCCACUGCCUCCGGCCACGGCGCUGCCACAGCUGGCGGCAGCCCCUCAGCAGCUGUCGGUGGCGCCACAUCCGCUGCAGCAGCGGCAUCUGCGUCCAAUGCCAACGGCAAGCAGGUGUCCUCGCGUGGCUCCUCGGGCAUUGGCUCCGAUCUGGCGCCGAGUCCAGAGCGACAAGAGCUGAAUAGUUCAAGUGAUGACGAACACUGGUCGAAUGAGGCGGACAAUUCGGUAAUUGCGCUGAAGCCGUCGCAGAUUGCGCUGCCGCCGCAUGCGCAGCUGAAGCGCAAGAGCGCCGUGCAACCGCCGGAGGACAGUUAUCUGCGCGACUUGCCAGCGAAGCCGUAUGUGCCCCGGCAGAGCGAGAGAGAGCGCGAACGUGAGAGGGAGAGGGAGCGUGAGAGGGAGCGAGAGCGCGAUAGAGAUCGCACCAAGACGCCGGCAUCGUCGAGCAAAUCGUGGUCGCGAGAGGAUGAGAUCAAGCCGAUCAUCAUGCGACCGGCGGACUAUGAUGCGAAAUUCAAUCGUGUGAUGCAACAAGAGCCGCUGAAGCACGAGGGAGGCGGAGGCGGAGGUGCAGCCAAAUUGCGGGACACGGACAAAUACAAUGAGAUCAAUCGCUUGCUCAACAAAAAGCUCUCGGGUCACGAGCGGGAGCGCGAAAGGGAACGCGAAAGGGAGCGUGAGAGGGAGAGGGAGCGUGUGAAGCAGCGUUCGUUGCAUGAUGAUGAACUCGAUGAUUUCGAUGACUCGGAUCCGUGCAGCGAGCCGCAGCAACAGCAGCCGCAUUCGCUGAGCGGCUAUCGCAAGGAGAAUCUGACGGACAAGCAAAAGUUCAUGGAGUAUGCAUCGAAGAAGCAGCAGCAGCAACAGCAACAACAGCAACAGCUCAAGUCUUAUGCUGCCGAGGAGGCGCAACGUUAUGGCGGCAGUCGACAUCGCUAUGUGGAUCCGGCAGAGUUGCCAUUCGAUCAGCAGCAGCAGCAGCACAACAAGUAUGCUGCAGUGCAUCGUGGCGAGGCGACGCGCAGCAGCAGCAGCAACAACAGAGACAGAGAAAGGGAAAGGGAGAGAGAACGGGAGCGUGAGCGUGAAAGAGAGCGUGAAAGGGAACGCGAUCGGGAUCAUUCACGUGAUCGGAAUCCAUAUCGCGAGGCCGAGAGCCUGCCAUACAUCCAGAGCAUGGAGAAGAUGAUGAAGUCCACGGGCAUGCGCUACAACAACAGCAGCAGCAGCAACCACAACAACAACAGCAGCGGCAACGAUGAACCGCCACCGCCGCCACGCAGCAGCAGCAGCAACAAGACGCACAGCGUCAGUCAGGUGUCGCCCCGUGAACGUUUCCACGAUGCCAAGGACAAGUUUAGGGCCAUGGAACGCAACGGCAGCAGUCGCUACGAUCUAGACGAACGCGAUGGCGUCCCACCAUCGGCAACCGGCAACAACAGCGACUAUCAUCGCUCAUCGUCGCGCCGGCGACGCGGCAGCUUGGAGCCGCCCAGCUAUGUGGAGGAGCAGUGGAGCGAUGAGGAUGAUGAGGAGCCGCUGCAAUCGAUGCAGCCGGAACCGUUGUUGCCCCGUGGCCGUGGACGUUCCCGAGAGCGUUCGCAUUGGCAGCAGCAGGAGCAACUGCAGCAUCAGCAACACAGCAGCAACAGCAGCGGCAACUUGCGGCAUGGACAGGAGCGUGAGCGACGUGAGCGGGAUUAUCCCAUGCGACGUGGCGAGGAGCACGCCCAUGAAGUGUAUAGGCAUGAGAGGGAGCGGGAGAGGGAGCGCGAGCGUGAAAGAGAGAGGGAACGGGAGCGGGAGCGUGAAAGGGAGAGAGAACGUGCUUCGUCGCGUCAUCAGCUGCGAGCGCAUUCGCGUGAAUAUCUUCAGUCAGCGGAGUCCGGUGGAAAGUCGAGCUCAUCGCGUGGCGGCGUCUCGCAUCACGCAGAGCGUUAUCCCUCGCCAGCGCCCACGCCCAGCAGCAGCAAUAGCGGUGUAGGAGGAGGGAGCGGUGCAGCUGGUGUGGCGCCCUCUGGCGGUGGCAAGCCGUUGGCCAGCAUGCCGAAGGGCUAUCGACACAGCUAUGCGGAGCCGGUGUUUGCGCGCUCCGGCGGACGUGUGGGACUCGCUGCAGUCAAUCCCUACUGAAGGCAGAAGAACCGAGCAACAAUUGUAAAUUCCGAAAAGCGAGGAAGAGGGAGAGCAUGAAAGAGAGAGCGAGCAAGCGAGUAACCCAAUCCAUGCGCACGAAUGCGCCUGUAAUUAUGUGCCUUCUAAAUAUGUUUUAUAUGAGUACAUACUUUAUACAUAUACAUAUCUAUAUAUAUAUAUAUACAUACACAUAUAUCUACAUCUAUAUGCAUAGAUUAGCCUAUAUACAUACAUAUACACCGUGUAUAUCUUUUAUGUAGCGAACAAAUCGAAACACAAACAAACACACAGUUUAAAAAUGCAUUUUUUUUUUUAUUGAUUGUAAUCUUAAGACGCGCGGUUAAUUGGUAUAGUAUAAAUAUUAUACAUAAAUACUGUAUAUGUAUAGCCGA